AUGUGGACUUCGAGUUCUAUCAGGCGAGCCUUCUCGCGGAUGGAUAUCGAUGUACCGAUUUUACUAAGGAUGAUGAAGGCUGCCCUCCCUGCAACAAUCGCACUGGCAAUGUAUCAAUCCGACCUCAUAGCCCAAGAAUACGCUACAAUGGCCUAUCUAAUGCCCGUUGCCGCAAUGUUCAGUCGCUGCAGCGCUCCUCGCGGCAAAUAUUUCCAUUUCUUAGUGCAGGGUCUUGUGCUAGUCUGUUUCGGUGCUGCGAGUAGUCUGUUGAUGGUCUAUUGCUGCGUGAAAGCGCGGGAACAUACCAGUGGCCCACUGCCUGCUGGUAUAUCGACGGCGGAGAUUCUCUCCGUGCCUCAUAAUACCGCCGCAUCCGUCGUAGCGGCUGUUUGGCUGUUUUUUCAGACGUAUAUUGUGAAUACGUUGCGCGGCGAAGACCCGCAACUCGGUAUUCCCGUGCAGAUGCAUUGCAUGCUCUUCUUCGUGGCUGUCACCGAAGCACCGGAUUAUGUUACUGUUUCGGAUGGAUUUGCGCUCGUCAAGAGGCUUUUAUUGGCCAUAUUGACGGGUAUGGCAUUGGCGACUGUGACGCAUAUACUUAUCUUCCCGGAUACCUGUCGCGACGCCGUGUUGGACGUUAUGGGCGAGUAUAUUCGAGCCAUGCAGCAUACACUCAGGGUGCAUGAAUCGUAUUUCCAGUCCAUGGAGCAGUUGGACAUGUUUGUGCGAGUGCAGACGCGCAAUCCGACGGAAGAGAAGAAGCUGUAUAGAGCAAAAGCAGACGCAGUCAAGAACGCAGCAAGGCGAGUAUCCCAGAUGCAUGCAUCGCUCACGAAUGAACUACCAUAUGCGAAACGGGAAAUUGCAUACGGCAAGCCGAGCGUAAGUGAAUUCGGCAUGAUCUUUAAACAGCUACGUGCCACGAUGGUGCCGAUUGUGGGCCUCAGUACGGUGGUGGAUAUUUUUGAUCGCAUCAUGGAGUGGAAUAACUGGAUCAAGCCCGUUGAAGAAGGCGGGGUUGAUCCGAAGAAUGAUGCGGUGCAUGCAAGGAUGGUGCGUGAUUGGAAUGCGAUCAUGGCAUCUACGCAUGACCAUUUUGCCCAGAUUAUUGAUGUUAUGCAUGACGGGCUGGAGCAUGUAGCAUAUCAAUUGAAAUUGGCGAAAAGGAAAAGGCAGGGAGUAGACAAAGACAUUGAGACUGCUUCGUCUCAUGCCGGCCCUGGAGAAGAAGGGUUUGCGCAGUAUUUGGAGGCUAAAUGCGAGGUCUUUUACAAAGCGAGAUUAGUGACCCUGCGGGAAUGGUGCGAGCAAAAAGGGAUUGAGCUUCCGGAGGAUUAUUUCUAUCAUCCAAGGGCUGACCAGCCUAUACAACUGCCUGAGAAUGUGCCGGGAGCAUUGCCUCGAGAUCGGACGGAGCGGCAGUUGUACAUUUUACUCUAUGUCGAGCACAUGUUAUACUCGUCUAGCCUCGCCAUCCUCGACUUUGUCCGCUUCGCCGACCGACGCGUAGCAAGCGGAAAAUAUUCACAUAGCCGCCUUAUCGUCCCCGGCAGCAAAGAAGUCCGUAAAUGGAUCGAAAGUCUCUAUCGAAACCAUCAAAGCGAAAGCACUGGCGAAGACGUCUACCGUCGUAGAGUCAUCCUUGACUUAGGUGAAGCAUAUCAUCGACGUAAGGAUCCAGAGCAUUUACCACCUGAAAAUUUUAUGCAGUCGAUGGGAGAAUGGCUACGUGUAAUACCAAGUUUUCUGCGCUCUUCGCGAUCUCUAUAUGGCUUUCGGGUUGCGUGCGCUGCUACUUCGAUCGGGAUUAUCGCUUAUAUUGAACCUUCGCACGCUUUUUUCGUGCGUCAACGCCUUGUCUGGGCUAUGGUCAUGCAGACUAUCAGCAUGGGUCCUACAGCCGGGCAAACCGUAUUAAACUUCGCACUGCGAUCCAGCGGCACGGUAAUUGGCAUGAUCGGUGCCAUGGUAGUCUGGUACAUCCCAGUAGGCCACAUCGCCGGCGUCAUCGUUCUAUUCUUCAUCUGGACAACCGGCAUCUGGUGGAUUCCACUGAAAAAAGCAGUCUUACAACAAGCCGGUAUCGUGAGCUUGCUCACUAUAAUUGUGAUCAUUGCCAGUGAGAUGGAAGUCGUCAAACUCGGUGAACAGGCUGUCGAAGCCGGUGGUCAGCCAUACUACCCUACUUAUUUGUUGGCGGUAUACCGUCUAGCGGUCGUACUAGGCGGUGUUGUAGUUGCAUUUAUAUGGACUAUUUUCCCGUAUCCGAUAUCCGAUCAUUCGGUCCUGCGACAGAAUCUGGGUGCUUCGUUAUAUCUGUUGGCAAAAUAUUAUUCGCUCACUCAUGAGACACUGAUUGCGCGUGCGAGGGGUGAUGAAGGUGAUAUGACACUCAAGUCGUCUGCGGGAAGACGAUUAGAAAAGGCCAGACACAAAGCAUACGCCAAUCAAUCGAUGGCCAUCAACGGUCUGCGCUCGUACGCAGAUUCCAUAAAGUGGGAAAUUCAGGUCGGCGGACGGUUUCCGAGGGAUCAAUAUGAACGUAUUAUCGAUUGUAUGCAGAAUAUAAUGAACUACAUCAACCUCGCCGAAUACGCCUCCAAAACAUUCUCCUCCUCCCUGUCAGUGCACACACCAUACAACGGUCCCUCGAAACAAACCGAAUGGUACACCGACUUCACAAAACUCAUCACAACAACACAUGUAACCUCCCACCAAAUCACAUCCAUCCUUGCCCUCUUAUCGGCAAGUAUCGUGAACGCUCAACCCCUUCCUCCAUAUCUACAAGUCCCCGGCCCCGACGCGUUCAGCGAACGACUCAAGGAAGUCGAUAAGGAUAUAUUAAAUAUAUGCCAUGCGGCUGAGCCGGGGUAUGCAGCUUUUAGUGUGCUGCAUCUUGCUAGUAGGUGUAUUGUGGGGGAUUUGGAGAGGUUGAUUCAGAGUGUGAGGGAUUUGGUUGGAGAAUUAGAUUUCUCAUUUCAUGUUAUUAGUCGGUUGUCGGAGAAGGAGGUUGAGAAGAGGAUUGCCUAG